AUGGAAAAACAAUUAAAUUUAACACAGGAGGAUGUAGGAGUAUUAGAAGGUAUGUCGGAGCAUGAAGUUUUCGAAAGAAGGGCGUCUGUAAAGAGAACACCACCAAAAGAAUUAAUGUAUGUUGAUAGUGCACAGAAUACAGACGAUGAGGUUUUUCAAACAAAGGAACAAGAAAUAGAUCCAUCCCCCAGGGAUAGAGCACACUCCUUACAAAGCGACAAUAUAAAGUAUAUUAUAGGAACCUCAAAACAAAUGAAAAGAUCGAGGCAAGAAAGCGAGGAAGAGAUAGAAAGAGAAGUAUUUAGGAAAAGCCUGCAAAAGCUUAAAAAAACUAUAGCAGAUCUAGUAGAGGUAACGGAAACUAGUACGAAAACAAAAACUGAGAUUAAAAACUUAGUUCAAAAAUUAAAGCGGCAAGCCAAAGAUGUCAAUAAUGAAUGGGAAACAAUAGACAAGGAACUGGAAAUCAACAAAGCAAAAAGGCCAAGCAAAGAAAUGAAAUCCGUAGGGAUACAGGUAGAGCUGGAAGAAAUAAAAUCAGAAUAUGAAAAGAAAAAAAUCGAAAAGAUAGGAAGAAUAAAAACAAUCUUAAGUGAACAGGAAGACUUUAAGAGCUUGGAAGAAAUUCUGGAAGAAAAAUGGCCACAGGAAAUGUACAUAAAGACCAAAAUAGAUGGAACAAUACAAUCAUUAAAUGAACGGGAAGGAGACUAUGUGAUUCUCGCAAAUCCAAACAACAUGGAAAAAAACAAAAUAUUUGAAAGACUGCAAGAAAAAUAUGAAGGAUUAUCCGAGUUAAUAAAAGUUAACGACGGGCAAAUAGACUAUUUAAUACAAUCAGCAAAAACCAGAACGAGUAAAGGUGAAAAGGAAGAGAUCAGCGGAGCAGUAUACUUCCUGCCAAUGAAAGUAGAUCCCCAUGGUGAAUGUGAGACAGAAGAACUAUUCAAUAAAUUAAGAGAACUACUUAUAGAAACGACAAAGGUACAUCCUACAAGUAAUAUAAAUAUAGUAAUUGGAGAAGAUAUGAAGGUCUCAACUAUCAGAAAAAUGUGUGAGUUCAUCGCUAGAGGCCAAAGCAUAGAAAUAAAAAUAUUAACACAAGGACUACGAUCCGACCCGCAGAAACAAAGAAAAAUAAAGGAAGAAACACUAGUCAUGAUAAAAUCAGGAGAAAGCAGCUACGCUGACUUACUUAAAAAAAUGAAGGAAGAAGUUGAUAUUGGAAAAAUAGGUGUCAAAAUCAAUAGAAUUAGAAAAACGGGAAAUGGAGAUAUUAUGCUCGCUGUAGAGGGAGGACAGGAUAGGGCUAAUACGCUAGAAAUGGAAAUUAAAACGAAAAUUGAGAACGCUAAUGUUACAACGAAGAAAACUGGAACAACAACCCUUUACAUAAUUGGAAUGGACCAAACGACGCAAGAAAGCGAACUUAUACAAGCAAUUGUUAGGGAGACUAAUAUAAAGGAAGCGGAAAUAGAUAUAAAAAUGAUUAGGAAAGGAAAAUAUGGUGAUCAAACAGCAAUAAUAGAGGUUCCAAGGUUACCGGCAGCUGUAUUAAUAAGGGAAAGGAAAUUGAAAGUUGGAUGGAUAGAAUGUGGCGUUAGAGAAAGAAUACAUGUGGUAAGGUGCUUUAAAUGUCUGGAACAUGGACACAAAACGUACGAAUGUAUAUCAACGAAAAAUCGAGCAGAAGAAUGCAUUAAAUGUGGACAAACGGGACACAAAAGUAAAGACUGUAAAAAUGCUGAGCGAUGCAUAAAAUGUGAAGUCGAAGGACACCGAGCUGACCAAAUCAGAUGCCCCUAUUUUAAAGAAUUGUCUUUUCCCAAAGCUGGGAAACCACAGGUAAGGUCGAGGCUCCGUUAUCCAGUCCUGGGCCAAGGAUAUGUAACUACAGGCAUGGCUAAAGCUGGGUCUCCCAUUCUUGAACCAAUUCUGGUUAGCCGAAGCUGGGAUUUCCAGUCUUGGCACAGAACUGGGAAACCAUAG